GCAAUCUCAGUGUUUGUAUUUUUUUUCUCUCUCGCCAUCAUCACGAUACUACGAAACGCGCUAGAAAAGAGAGUUCACGUAGAGCGUAUAAUUUGGUUUUUUUUUUGGUUCAGUUUGGUGUUUCGUAUUGAAAGCGUGAAUAAUUAUUGUGUUCAAAUUGAUUUUGACGUUGCUGUGUGUGUGUGACAUCGAAUUUGUUUUAAAGACGAAGAAAAAAGAGUUGUAUCUCAUUGGAAUAAAUCCAUCGAUAAAAUGGCAGAUAGCAGCGAAAAAACUAAACAAAGCACAAGCAGUGAAAAAACAACGAAUGAAGACAUCAGUAAUGCGAAUAACAAUAUGGCAAAUGCAUCAAGUCCCGUAGAAGACAAGAGUUCGGAGUGCAAAACAGUAGGCAACAAUAAUUGGUGGGGCUCAUGGAUUAAUUCAGCGAAAACAAAGUCGGUGUCUGUUUUUGAGGCGGUGAAACGUGAUUUAGAUGAAAUUUCAACAGCUGUUCGCACGGAAGUGUCACACGCUGGAACAGUUCUCAAUGAUACGCUAAAGCUGGACGAACCUGAAUCGACAGCAAGUACGGUCAAAAAGAGUCUCAGCUCAUUCUUUGGACAAGUCAGCGAAGCAUUGGUCCCAAGCAUCGAAGAUGAUGAAUCCGAGGCGAUAAUCAUCACAAGUGAAGGCGCCGUCACCUUAACCGGAUUCCAAAAGCAUUUAGCCGAACUACAAGCAAAUGAAGCAACAUUUUUAUCGCCACCAGAUGCGACACUCCAAGAGAACUAUCAACGUUGGCUAGAAUGCGUCGACCAGGAUCAAUUCACGCAAAAUCAGUUGGCACGUCAUCUAACCAGCAGCGAAAUUUUGAACGAAAAAUAUUUGCGCCUUGUGCCGGAUAAAUUGCCGCAUAUGGACUUUUGGAAGCACUAUUUAUUCAAACGUGCUUUGCUUGAGGAUGCAUUGGCACACGCUGAAAUGGCCGAACGACGAGCCAAAGCCGAAAUUCGAUCAACCAAAACGGUUUCACCAAAACGAGCCGGCGAAAUCAUUCAAACUGAACAACCGAAAACCGUUCAGCCUGCUGACGAAAAAGACGAAGCCGAAGAACAAGUUGAGUCAGCAAAAAUUGCAUCCGACGAGCUUAUCAUCGAAGACUCUGACAUAAAAUGGGAUGCAGACGAUUUUGGUAACGAAGAAAUUUCCGAAGAAGAACAGGCUCGACUGUUGGAACAGUAUGAAGCGGAAAUAAUGGAGCGGGAGAAGCGAAAAAGCCAAGUGGUUCCAUUAGAAGAAAAGAUUCGAACAAAGACCGAUACCAAGUCCGAACAACCGAAAGCAGGAAAUAAAAAAGACCAACAAAAAACCCAACCGACGUCUCAGAAAGGUGCGAAUGCGAGCAAAAAAUCAAAUACGACGAAGUCCAACAGCACAACCAGCAAACAAGUAGAUAAUUCGAAAACCAAAUCCAAUGCAAAAUCAAAACAAACGGCACAAAACAGCGGCGGCGAUGAUGCUAAAAAAUCGGCAUCAAAAAAGAAUCAAGGCAACGAUAAAGGAGAUACGACUGUAGUUAAAGAACGUAGCUUAGCUGAAGAUCUAAAAACGGAUACCGGCGCUGCAUCCGAUGAGAGUUGGGAAAAGGAUUUUGAUUUAAGCGACCAAUAAGUUAUAUGUAGAGUAGACUAAUUUACGACAGGCCAAGACCAAAUGACAGAUCUAUACAUAUGCUACACAGAUUUAAUACGAAGAUUUUGAUAGAUCGUUCAAAUUCGAUUGGGCUAUUUUUGAAAUUGAGCAUUUAUCAACCAGAUGAUUUUUCUUUUUCCUUUUUUUUACAUUUUACAUUAAAUUCGAACUUUUCUUCGUAAAUACGAAACAGUUAAACAAAACACAUUUAUAUACUAUGUAAAUAAUAAUUUAUUUUUAUUGAUAUUCCCUCUCUUUCUUUUUUUUGUUCCAUAUUUUCUAUCCAAAAAAAAAGAAAGAAAAAGAUGCAAGUUUAUUUCGAAGAAAAUGAUUCAAGAGAAAAAGAAGUAGAAAAAAAGGAGAAAAAAAAAUAUAUUUUUAGUUAAAUUUUUUAUAAGAUUUUGCAAGUAUCUAAAGGGGUGUCUCAGUUUUUGAUACUACCCAUUUGUAUCCAUUUUAAUUUUAUGCUAAAAGAAGCGAUAAAUAAAAUCAUUAUCAAUAUGUUAUGAAUGAUAUAGCCAUUUUUGUAGUUCAGUAGACUAAUAAUCAGCCAAAAUGCUCUUUAUGCAAAAAGAUGUCAUAGACCAGUUUAUCAGCUAUUUGAAGAAAAAAAACCCAUAUAGAUUGCGAAAGACAAACAAUAACACACCGAGCAACCCGAAAAUUGAAAAAAAAAUAAAUAAAAUGAAAACUUGCUAACAAAAUCAUAAGCAUAGUGUCAAAAACAGUUGACAGCUAUUCAUAUCGAACGAGAUAUCAUUUCAAUUGCUGAAAUGAUAAUGCUGCAAACUACAUCAUCAUCCAAUGUUGGCCUAUUAUAUGCCACAAAAUGAUUGAAAUUUGUCCAAUUUGUUGAAUUUUAUGUAUCGAAAUUGUAAAUUUAAUAAAACAAAAUUUUGUAAAUUA